CUCAACAGCUGUAACAAUGCAUCCAGGGGACGUAGCUGCAAGGUUGCUGCUUUUUCUGGCAGCAAAUGGGACCGCGGUCCUCGAUUGUUUCUGCAACCACGUUAACGGCGGAUACCAAAGCAACGGCCUGAACGGACUCAACUUCGGUGAAAUAACGAUAUGGCUGAACUACUGCCACUAUCCGAGAGCUUACUCGCUGUUGGAGACGUGCGAGAACCUCGACGCGCUGUUGGCCGUGGUGCCUGCGGUGGCAAGCCUGGUGCAGCCGCCCACAGACGUGGGGCAGUGCGCCGGUGCCCCGGCUGUGAUCCGGGGGCUCACGGGACACACGCCCAGGGACGAGGCGUUCACCACGGAACACCAGUGCCUCGUCGCUGACGACUGCAUCGACUCCUGUUACGCGCAGGGGUUGGACGGCGUGGAAUGGGACCUGGAAACGCUGGCAACAGAUCAUCUGAGACGUCCUGCACGUUGUUUACCGCAUCUCGAAAGCUAUAAGAGCCGCGAUUGGAUGUGCCGAUGUGCAUCCAUGGAAUGUGCAUCAGAAGAACUUGCCCAAAAGUGGUGA